CAUUCCGCAGCAGCUCAGUUCGGUGUUAGGUCGGAUGCUGGAGUGUGACGGAAGUGACGUCACUCCAGGUGACAACAUGGCGGUGAGAAUGAUUUUGCAAAGUGACUGGCUGGACGCUUUGAGGGAGAAUGAUGGGCAGGCUUGGCUGAGCUGUAAAAGGCUGGGCCAGCCCAGUGUCCAAGGGGAGCUGAAGUCCAUGGGCAUGUCUAACGACGGUUCUGUCUAUGUUACUGCAUCAGAAGGAUUCCAGGUCGGGGAGGUCACCAAGCGGUUCAUAGUGGUGUCCUGUCCAGGUGAAAACUGUGGUGCCAAGUUUGUGGCCCCCACUGCUGUCUUCCAGAAGGUUCACAGCAAAAUGGUGUCAUGUCUUGACGUCUCCUCUGGUGGAGGCCUGGGUGUUUCCUGCAGCACAGAUGGAACCAUGAAGGUCUGGGAGGCUGCCAAUGGGAUAGUCAGGAGGGAACUCCAAGGCCACAUAGGUGAGGUGAACACCUGCCAGUUCUUCCCGUCGGGAGUUGUGGUCCUGAGCGGUGGGAUGGACUCACAGCUGAAGAUCUGGUCAGCUGAGGACGGCAGCUGCCCGGUCACAUUAAGGGGGCACAAGGGAGGAAUUCUGGACACAGCAGUGAUUGAGCGCGGGCGGAACAUCGUGUCGUGUUCGCGGGAUGGAACCGCGAAGCUGUGGGAUUGUGGGUCGGCCAGCUGCCUGGGGACUUUCUCAGACUGUGGUGGUCCCGUGAACGGAUGCGCCGUCGGAGUUCCCGAUAACUCCAUCAACCUGGGGGAACCUGAUGAAACUCCCUCUGACAGAGAAGUGCUGACAGAAGGGAAGCUGCUGCUGCUCGCAUGUGAAGAUGGAGUACUCAGAGCCUUCGGUGUACAGAGUAGAAAACCUGUUUUCCAGUUUGCUGCGUCCGCUGCGCUGAACUGUUGCUGUUUCCUGUCGUCUGUCCGCAUUGUGUGCGGCGGUCAGGACGGCAAAAUCUACGAGCUGGACAUCCGAGACACCAGACAGCCUGUCCAGUUGGUACAACUGUCGGAGUCCCCGGUUCUCAGCCUUGUUCCCUUCCAGUCAGAGUUCUUGGCAUCACUCAGUGAUGGGACCAGCUUCCUGCCAGGGAUGGAGGAGACGUUACCUGUGCAGCUGACAGGUCCAGACUGCGACCCUGUGUACCGUGUGGCAGCCUGUGGGAACCGUGUUUACUCUGCGUGCAGGGAUGGUGUGGUCAGGAAAUAUGUGCUGUAGAG